AUGGCAGAGGUGAAGAAUCAAUUAGAGAUCAAGUUCCGUUUAACCGAUGGAUCAGAUAUUGGCCCCAAGUCGUUUCCUGAUGCGACAACCGUUGCAACAUUGAAAGAAACCAUUGUUGCUCAGUGGCCAAGAGAGAAGGAGAAUGGGCCAAAGACAGUGAAAGAUGUGAAACUGAUAAGCGCAGGUAGAAUAUUGGAGAACAACAAGACGGUUGGAGAUUGCAGGAGCCCUGUCUCUAAUCUCUCUGGUGCUGUCACCACAAUGCAUGUUCUCAUCCAACCUCAGGCUACUGAAAAAGCAGAAAAGAAGAAGAAGCCUAAAGUUGAACUUUUUAAACAGAACAAAUGUGUCUGUCUUUGCUUUGGACAUCGGUUUUAA